GCAAACUCCUCUACUUUUUCUAUUUAAAAUUCAAGUUAUAGGAAGACCGUAGAGGAGGAUCAACAUGGACGAAGAAGGCGGCAAACAUCCAAACAAUCUGAAACAGUUUCCAUUCUCGGACCCUUAUAAACUGUGCUCAGCCCCGCUUGUCUCUCUCACGUUGAAACCCAAGCUAGCUCUUUUCUGCCAUUUUUUUAGCUUGCUUUCAAAUCUUACUUUCCUUCUUUCGAUUCUAUUAUUUUCGUUCCAUCGGCAGAACCAUCAUAAUGGCCGGGAAAGGCGAAGGCCCAGCAAUCGGGAUUGAUCUCGGAACCUCGUACUCGUGCGUGGGAGUUUGGCAACACGACCGCGUAGAGAUCAUCCACAAUGAACAUGGUAACAGAACAACGCCUUCCUACGUUGGCUCGCCUUCCUACGUUGGCUUCACCGAUACGGAGCGUUUGAUUGGUAAUGCGGCCAAGAACCAGGCCGCCAUGAACCAGGCCGCCAUGAACCCCAUCAACACCGUCUUCGAUGCAAAGAGGUUAAUUGGCCGGAGAUUUAGUGAUUCCUCGGUUCAAGCUGACAUGAAAUUGUGGCCAUUCAAGGUCAUUCGCGGCCCCGGUGACAAGCCGAUGAUUGUGGUCGACUACAAGGGUGAGGAGAAGCAAUUUGCUGCUGAAGAAAUCUCUUCCAUGAUUCUUACGAAGAUGCGCGAGAUUGCAGAGGCUUACCUUGGUUCAACUAUAAAGAACGCUGUGGUCACUGUACCCGCAUCCUUCAAUGAUUCUCAGCGUCAGGCUACAAAGGACACUGGUGUCAUUGCAGGUCUCAAUGUUAUGCGUAUCAUUAAUAAGUCCUCUGCUGCUGCCAUUGCUUACGGUCUUGACAAGAAGGCAACCAAUGUCAGUGGGAAAAAUGUCUUGAUUUUUGAUCUUGGUGGCAGCACGAUUAAUAUCUCUCUUCUCACUGUUGAAGAGGGUAUCUUUGAGGUGAAGGCUAUAGCUGGUGACAUCCAUCUUGGUGGCAAGGAUUUUGAUAACAGAAUGGUGAACCACUUUGUUCAAGAGUUCGAGAGGAAAAACAAGAAGGACAUUAGUGGCGAUCCAAGAGCUCUUAGGAGGUUGAGGACAGCAUGUGAGAUGGCAAAGAGAACUCUCUCUUCCACUUCCCAGACUACCAUUGAAAUUAAUUCUAUGUAUGAAGGCAUUGAUUUCUACUCCACCAUUACUCGUGCCAAAUUUGAAGAGCUCAACAUGGAUCUCUUCAGGAAGUGCAUGGAACCUAUUGAGAAGUGUCAGAGGGAUGCGAAGAUGGACAAGAGCAAUGUCCAUGAUGUUGUCCUUGUCGGUGGCUCGACUAGAAUUUCCAAGGUACAGCAGCUUUUGCAAGACUUCUUCAAUGGUAAGGAGCUAUGUAAGAGCAUCAACCCUGACGAGGUCGUUGCUUAUGGUGCUACAGUCCAGGCUGCUAUUUUGAGUGGUAAUGAGAAGGUGAAUCAUCUCUUGCUCUUGGAUGUCACCCCUCUCUCCUUGGGUCUGGAAACUGCUGGUAAUGUCAUGACCAUGUUGAUUCCUAGGAACACUAUAAUCCCCACAAAGAAGGAACAUGUGUUCUCUACCUAUUCUGACAACCAGCCUAGUGUGUUGAUCAAGGUCUACGAGGGUGAGAGAACAAGGACCAGCGACGACAACUUGCUCAGUAAAUUUGAGCUUUCAGGAAUCCCUCCUGCUCCCAGGGGUGUUCCUCAAAUCACAGUAUGCUUCAAUAUUGAUGCCAACGGUAUUUUGAAUGUAUAUGCGCAGGACAACACCACAGGUAAAAAGAGCAAUAUCACGAUCACAAAUGACAAGGGUAGACUCUCGAAGGAAGAGAUCGAAAAGAUGGUUCAAGAGGCUAAGAAGUACAAGUCCAAGGAUGAGGAGCACGAGAAGAAGAUAGAGGCCAAGAAUGCUUUGGAGAAUUACACAUACAACAUGAGGAACACGGUGAAGGAUGAGAAAAUUAGUGCCAAGUUUGGUUCAAAUGAUAAGAAGAAGAUAGAUGACGCCAUCAAACAGGCCAUCCAAUGGCUGGACAACAACCAACUCGCGAAGGCAGAUGAGUUUGAGGACAAGAUAAAGGAGUUGGAGAGCAUCUAUAACCUAAUUAUUGCCAAGAUGUAUCAAGGUGCUGGUGCUGACAUGGGCGACGAUUUACUUGAUGAUGGUCACGGUAAUGCCGGAAGAAGUGGUGCUGGUUCUAAGAUCGAGGAAGUUGCCAAUCCGGGAGUCUCAAUUGUGCUUGCGGAGCAGCAAGACACAACUCAGAGGGGGAACUUAGUUCAGAUGCACUUCUGGGGAGAUCUUCUAGAUAGGGCGUCUCCCAGUCUAGUGUGAUGGGGCCGCCCCCGGAGACUAAUGUUGAAAUGUCCCAAUCUUUGUUGUCCAUCGCUCGAACAGCAACCAGGGAUCUUGAGUCCAGAGAUACUUUUGGAGACCUUGUCGAGGAGUUUGGUCCUACCGAGGGGGGUACAUUAGUUCAAAGGUCCCCACGGGAAGAAGCAUCUAUAGGCGAUGUCUCGGUCACCACUAUUGUCUAUAGUCUGCUGACGGGAUGGAAUGCUCUUUCCGCUGUGAUUCCCUAACUUGCGAUGGAAUCUCCUAUUCCUACCCCAUCAAGCUUCGAGGACAUUGCAUUGGUCACUGUGAGGUACAAAGGGGAGGGCCCGCAGGCCCUAUGUGACAGGGAUGGGCCUAAGGUUUCCCAGGCUCCUCCACCGCCUACGAUUGACAAGGUUCCCACUCCCUCGAGCGAUAGAUUGGACGGGGAGUCUUCGAGUCAUGCUGGGGGUGCAGGGGGAUCAGAGAUCGCCUCACACCGGUCACUCGACCGAGGCUGCCCCUGCAUCUCCUUGCCUCGAGGGUAGGACCAAGCGAGCGGAGGCUCUAGAGCGAGUGUCUGAAUCAUUGCAUGUUCUUCUUGCUGAGGUUUUGCUCUAUCCUUUUCUCUUUUGCCUUGCCCCCCUUUCCUUGCCUUCUUGCUCUUAUCUUCAUGCUUCUGGUCGUGAGGAUUGUAGGGGACCGAUUGGUUAGCUGAGUACUUCAUAAGUGGCCAAGAGGCAGUCAAGAGACAAAACCUAGAGCUUCGGUCUAUGGUGAUGACUAUCCUCCACUAUGCAAGUAGAGAGAGAAAGGAGAGGAGCUUCUUGGAGGUGAAGCUGGAGAUGACCAGAGAGUGGGCCGUGACAGCUCAAGAGUCGUUGAGCAAGCUCUAGGAGUCUCAGGACCUGCUUCAAGUGGAGAAUGAAAGACUGAGGGCCCUCUGGGAACUUGACGACCGGCGAUUCAAGAUUUUGCUAUCAGAGGCCAGGGCCAGAGAGGAAGGGGUAAUGUUCGAGUUGGGGGAGGCCCAGAAGAAGAUAGCCACUCAGGACGUGAUCAUCCAAGAUCUUUGAAGCGACUUGCCUCAAGUGCAAGAGGUCGCCACCCGCGCAAGCGACCAGUUGGGGAAGGCUCUCUACAUCCGUGAUGUCGCCUGGUUGCAUGGGUAUCUUGAAGGCCUUGAGAGGAUGCGUGACUAUGUUGUCCUAAACCCUCAAGAGAGUUCUGAGGCGCUGGAGGUGCAUCUAAGGGCUAUUGACCUCAAAAACCUUGACCCUGAUCCUGUUGCUCUUCAUCAUGCUGGCGAGAUUGGUCGAGCAAUGAUUCCAGAUGCUUUCCUUCCUACAAACAACGACCCCCCCGAACCGUCCUACCAGGGACAUCGUGGGGGCUGACCUUGAGGGAGAUGGGCUCAAGAAGGCCGGGGACGACCCUUUUGGGCACCAGUCGGACCUAGGCUUCCAUGAGGUAUGCCUUGCCGACUCCGAGAUGGACUCUGAUGCCACUCUCGACUGAUCUCAUUUUUCCUUGUUGUACCUACCAUGAUGUAACUUCUUCGCCUUUAGUUCCGUGUUUGUAUAGUGAUUAAGCUGAAAUAUUGCAUAUUUUAGCUAUUUAAAACCAAUAUAUUUUAAAUUCUUCGUGACACUAUUAUUGGUUUUAGAUGGAAAAAUGCUUAAUAAGCAUAAAUACGA